CUCCUCUAGCCGAUGGAGGUGGAUCACUCCUCCCCGCGGAAUACUAACGAGGGCCUUUUGUCACACAUCUCCCCGUUUUCGCUUACACACACGCACACACAGCAUAGAAAACGAGUUUGCCUACAGUCACACACAAAUUCACGUGUAAUUGCCGGCCCACUCGCGCACACACACAUUUACAGAGUGAUGGGCACAGAGUCGUUUUUGUCAAUGUCGUCUUUUGUUUCUUUCAUCUGGGAGCCAAACAAAGCAUUCCUGUGUGGACGGAGGAGAGAGAGAAGGAGGGAGAGGAAAAGAGGAGAAGUAGAAAGCCAGAGGGAGGGAGGUGAGGAAAACACUCAGCGCUCCUUUUGUCUGGCCAAAGAAAAAGUUUAGAUUCAGUCGGCGGACCGGGCUCACUGGGGCAGCGCCGUGCAGCAGGUUGUGGUGUUGCCAUGGAGAUGGAAUACAUCCUGCUGGAGAGAUGACGUCCGCCACACCCCCUUCCUCCCGUAGCUCCUCCCCCCAGAAAGUGUGCCACUCCCAGACCCAGACGGACGUUUUGAAACCCCUGCUAGGCGGCGGCCUCUCUGGCGCGGGCGGGACGCUGAGGAAGAGGAGGCGGGUCCUGUCCAAAGAUGGGCGGAGCAACGUGCGCAUCGAGCACGUCAGUGGGCAGAGCUCUCUGUACAUGCGUGACCUGUGGACCACAUUCCUGGACAUGCAGUGGCGCUACAAGUUCUUUCUGUUCACCGCCACCUUUGCGGGGACAUGGUUCUUCUUUGGGGUGCUGUGGUACCUGCUGGCGCUGGCGCACGGCGAUCUGCUGGAGUUUGACCCUCCGUCCAACCACACGCCCUGUGUGCUGCAGAUGCAGACCCUGACGGGCGCCUUUCUGUUCUCGCUGGAGUCCCAGACCACCAUCGGUUACGGCUUCCGCUGCAUCACAGAGGAAUGCCCGGUGGCCAUCGUCCUCCUCAUCAUCCAGCUGGUCCUCACCAUGCUGAUGGAGAUCUUCAUAACGGGAACCUUCCUGGCUAAGGUUGCUCGGCCGAAAAAGCGAGGCGAGACCGUAAAGUUCAGCCAGCACGCUGUGGUGUCGACACAGGAGGGUCGACCCUGCCUGAUGAUCAGGGUGGCCAACAUGCGCAAAAGUCUUCUGCUGGGCUGCCAGGUCACGGGUAAGCUGCUCCAGACGUCUCUGACCAAGGAGGGUGAAACGGUCCGUCUGGACCAGAGGAACGUUGCCUUCCAAGUGGACACGUCCAGCGACAGCCCCUUCCUCAUCCUGCCACUCACCUUCUCCCACAUCAUUGAUGACGGCAGCCCUCUGAAAGCUUGGGCGGCCAAGGGUGGCGGCUGGACGGACCCAGACUUGGCCGACUUCGAGUUGCUGGUGAUCCUGAGCGCCACCGUGGAGCCGACCUCAGCCACAUGCCAAGUCCGCACGUCCUACCUGCCCGACGAGAUCCUCUGGGGCUACGAGUUCCCCCCCGUAGUCUCCCUCUCCCAGUCGGGUAAAUACGUGGCGGACUUUGCUUUCUUCGAUAAAGUGGCCAAGAGCAAAAGCGCACCGGUCUUUAAAUCUUCCAGCCACGCCUACCAGAGCAACGGGGGCGGGACUGUUCCCGAGGUGUCCGACAAAGAGAAGAUCCGUCUGGAGCAGAGCUACCGAGAGCGCGGGGAGGACCGCGAGCGAGUCAGGGACUCUAAGAUUAGCGUGCGCAUUAGCAACGUGUGAAAACCUGGAGUGGCACUUAAACACCCAAUAGUACUUCAAAAUAAAAUGGUGGGAGGCGGUACAUGAGAACGUACACAAUGACCUCGGCCAUGGUGAUAUAUAUUUUUUUAAAUAUUAAAAACACUACAUUUACUGUCUUUUGUCCACACACUAACUGUGCCUUUGCCAGAAAUGACUCUCUUCAGGCUUCUGAUUGGCCCCCAAUGGCCUGAAAGGUUUGGAAACUUUAGCGCCCCCUGUUGCUUUGGCAUACACACGGCAGCUUGCUAAAUGUGUUUGACCUGAACUGUAAUGUUAAAAAAAGGAAGUUAUUACACUAACAGAACAUAACACCACCUAACCUCAUAAAAUGUUUUCAUUUGAACGACAUGCCACACAAUCAUGUAUUUAUCAAGUAAAUAAAAGGCAUACUACUAAAACGUAUAAACAUAAAUGGAUAACUUGCAGUGACACAUUUGUAUAUGGAAAUACUUAUGAUUAAUAUCACAUCACCCUUCUCACAAAACCCACACACCACUUCCCUUGUCACGCUAACAGACGUUUCCUGUCAGUUAAGUUUACAUACACUUGUAAAGAACAUAAUGUCAUGGCUGUCUUGAGUUUCCCAAUCAUUUCUACAACUCUUAUUUUUUUUGUGAUAGAGUGAUUGGAGCACAUCAUUGUUUGUCACAAAAAACAAUCAUGAAGUUUGGUUCUUUUAUGAAUUUAUUAUGGGUCCACUGAUAAUGUGACAUGACAUGGACAAAGAUAAGACCUUCUGGAGGAAAGUUCUGGAGUCAGAUGAAACAAAAAUUGAGCUGUUUGGCCACAAUACCCAGCAAUAUGUUUGGGGGAGAAAAAGUGAGGCCUUUAAUCCCAGGAACACCAUACCUACCGUCAAGCAUGGUGGUGGUAGUAUUAUGCUCUGGGCCUUUUUGGCUGCCAAUGGAACUGGUGCUUUACAGAGAGUAAAUGGGACAAUAAAAAAGGAGGAUUACCUCCAAAUUCUCCAGGACGACCUAAAAUCAUCAGCCCGGAGGUUGGGUCUUGGGUGCAGUUGGGUGUUCCAACAGGAAAAUGACCCCAAACACAUGUCGAAAGUGGUAAAGGAAUGGCUAAAUCAGGCUAGAAUGAAGGUUUUAGAAUGGCCUGACUUAAACGUGUGGACAAUGCUGAAGAAACAAGUCCAUGUCAGAAAACCAACACAUUUAGCUGAACUGCACCAAUUUUGUCAAGAGGCAUACUUGCCAACCCUCCCAGAUUUUCCGGGAGACUCCCGAAAUUCAGCGCCUCUCCCGAAAACCUCCCGGGACAAAUUUUCUCCCAAAGAUCUCCCGAAAUUCAGGCGGAGCUGGAGGCCACGCCCCCUCCAGCUCCAUGGGGACCUGAGUCCGCUUUCCCACAAUAUAAAGAACGUCUACAGUAAAGCAGUCGGUCUGCCAUAAACAGCAAUGUUGUGACACUCUUAAACAGGACAAUACUGCCAUCUAGUGCAUUUGAUGAAAGCACUUUUGUGCGUGCCACACAGCAAUGCAUAAUCAGAGGGGGUGUUCAGCAUGGUUAGAAAGAUAGUGACAGAGAAUAGAAAAAGGAUGGACAAUUCAACCCUUAACUCAACAAUGAGUAGAUGAGUGUUAUGUGUGUGUGUAUAUGU